AUGGCAUCGGGCUACGAUCGCGCGCUCUCAGUCUUCAGUCCCGAUGGACACGUUUUCCAGGUUGAGUAUGCGCUGGAGGCUGUCAAACGAGGUACAUGCGCCGUGGGCGUCAAGGGCAAGGACAUCGUAGUGCUAGGAUGUGAGAAGAGGUCGGCGAUGAAGCUGCAGGAUACGCGGAUUACGCCCUCCAAGAUUGGUCUCGUUGAUACCCACGUCGCCCUUGCCUUCGCCGGACUGAACGCCGAUGCUCGUAUCCUCGUAGACAGGGCCCGCCUGGAAGCACAAUCACAUCGCUUGACAGUCGAGGACCCCGUGUCAAUAGAGUACAUCACCAAAUACGUAGCCGGUGUGCAGCAGAGGUACACACAGAGUGGUGGUGUGCGACCGUUCGGUAUCAGUACGCUGAUCGUCGGUUUCGACCCCAACGAUAAGACGCCGCGGCUGUACCAGACCGAGCCUUCCGGCAUCUACUCGGCAUGGAAAGCGAACGCUAUUGGCCGCUCGAGCAAGACGGUGCGCGAAUUCCUCGAGCGAAACCACAAGGACGAUCUGGACCGGGAAGAGACGAUCAAGCUGACGGUCAAGUCACUGCUUGAGGUGGUGCAGACUGGUGCAAAGAACAUUGAGAUCGCCAUCAUGGCGCCGGGCAAGUCGCUUGAGAUGCUGCCGGUGGAGGACAUCGAGAAGUACGUGGAGAACAUCAACACGGAGAAGCAGGAGGAGGCUGCGAACAGGAGGCCGGGUCGUUCAGGUCAAGCCUCUAUUCCGACACGGCCUGCUGGGGAGGGUUCAGGAUCAGGAGCAUAG